AUGUCUGACUCAGGUUCAGAUGAGGAUGCAGGAGAAAAUUUUGGUCAGGAGGUGCCGCCGCUGGUCCAUCUGCUGAAAGAUAUAUUGGAACGCUAUCCCGAAGGAGGACAGAUUUUGAAGGAGUUGAUACAGAAUGCAGACGAUGCCGGAGCCACUGAAGUGAAAUUUUUGCUUGAUGCAAGGGAGAACGUUUACGGUACAGAACGUCUGGUGAAGAAAUCACUGAGGAAAUAUCAAGGUCCUGCUCUAUACGCUCAGAACAACGCUGUGUUUGAACGCGAGGACUGGGAUGGCAUCCAGAAACCAUACCGCAGUGUGAAGAAAGAUGAUCCCAUGAAAGUUGGCAAGUUUGGAAUUGGAUUCAAUUCAAUCUAUCAUCUAACAGACCUUCCUAGUGUUGUUAGUGGUAACACUGUUGGAUUCUUUGAUCCUCAUCAGAAGCAUUUUCAAGGUAAAACUGGGAGAAAAUUUUCAUUUAGUGAUGCCAGAAAUCCCAAAUAUGCUGAACAGUUUGGUCCAUAUAAAGUUCUUGGUUGUGAUUUGUCACAAUCUGAGUACAAUGGUACUUUAUUCAGAUUCCCUUUACGUCAAGAGCCGUCACCAGAUCUGUCAUCCAAUGUCGUUUCUUCACAAAGAAUUCAUGAGCUGUUUAAGUCAUUUCAAGCUGAUGCUCAUCUUGUCUUGCUGUUUCUCAAGACAGUGGAAAUGAUAUCCAUCUAUGAGUGGCUGCCUGGCAAACCAGCUGCUUGCGAAGUUUUUAAAGUGUGUUUGUCAGAACCAGCAAGAGCAGUCGUUCAUAGGGAAAGGGAAAGUAUUUUGAGCAGUAUAUCGGCAGCAACUAGAGCUGAUGGAAGAGUGAAAUCAGGAUUUGUUUUGUCUAGAUGUUACCAGGCAAGUAUUACGUGCACAUUGCAACAAGUUACUAUCACUCAACAGUGGUUAGUCGAAAAUUACAUCAGCACGACAAACCCUGAAGUGCAUUCGAUGGCAGCCAAAUUGGCACAAAUUCCCUGGGUGGGACUUGCUGUUCCAAUUGGUGGCAAAACCAAACAUGGGGAAAACUUGGGAAGAAUCUUCUGUUUUCUUCCAUUGCCACCCAGUGAUGAUGCAGAUAGUAAUAGUGGUCUGCCUGCGCAUGUUCAUGGUUCAUUCAGUGUGGCUGAUAAUCGCAGAAGCCUCAAAUGGCCGGCAGAAGACAGAACAAAAGAUGAAAAGGCAGAAUGGAAUCGUCUGCUAGUUGAGCAGUUGAUAGCACUGGCUUACACCUCUCUGAUUCAACAUGCCAUUGAACUCGAUCGCAAAGUUGUUUCUGUGACAGAUAUUUAUGCCAUGUGGCCUGACAUCGAGAAUGUCCAGUAUCAUUGGUCACUGUAUGUUGUGCCAUCUCUUCUAAGCUCUCUUUCAAAGCUGAAAGUAUUGCAUGGUGAGAGUGCAUCGGGGAUCUCUUGGGAACGUGUUGGAGAUGUGUUAGUUUGCAACAAUGCCGGAAACACAUUGAGUGUAGAUGAAUCAGUUGCAAUUGAAGAAAUGAAGAGAAUCGGUCACAAAGUUACAUUUCCUGCUACCAAUGUUGUAUCUUGUUUAGCUAGAAUAGAAAGUGACUAUGGAGUGAGUUGCAAGCGAAUAUGUCCUGAGGUGGUCAGAGUUGAACUGAAAAAAAGCAAUCGUUAUCAGAAUAUGCAACCACACAAUAAAAUCCGAUUGUUGAAGUAUGUAUUGAGUGAUCAUAGGUUUAACAGUUUGGUCGGCUUACAUCUACUACCAUUAGCUGACGGAACGUUUACAUCAUUCUCAUAUCAAGGUUAUUCAGCAGUAUAUCUUGAAUCGUCAUCAUGUCCAAGGUCAUUGUUUCCUGGUCAAGAUGGAAAGUUCUUGGAUCAGGAUAUCGACAGGGGUGUUUGUACCAUCUUGAAAGAUGUUGCUACCACAAGUCAUACACAACUGAAGAACAUCCAACUUAGUGACGUUCCACCUCUCAUAUCAGAAGUGUUGUCAUCAGUGUGGAGGCAUGGGUGUGGAGCUGUGAUUCCAAGACCUCAUACAGUCAAUGGAAGAUUAACUGAUGGCUGGCUAGAAGAACUGUGGGGUUGGAUCAAUCGAAACACGUUCAACAUUCCACUAAGUAAGUUUGAGCACAUGUACGGGUAUAUUAUUCCAGUUACUUCAACAAGUGGGGUGAAGAAUCUCAUGAAGCUUGCACCUCUUCCUGCACUUUUUGCUGAAGUACCUGGUGUCGACGUACGGAUUAGCAAGGAGUUGGCAAAAGGAUUGGAAAGUUUGGGUUGUACAGUUUUGUACCAACCAUCUAGCUACCUUGUGUCUUGCAGUCAUGUAUAUAACUACAUCUGCAAGCCAGUGCAAAUACUUACAUGCAUCUCUCGAGCAGGCGUUUCUUCUUCCAAGUACCAAUCGUUGGCUCUUGCGCAGAAGCGUGAACUGAUGAGUGUUGUUUCUUCUGCUCUUCAAGUUUGCCAUCCUUCACGUGCUGAAAUUGAUGUUCUAAAAUCUCUUCCUGUGUUUCGUGUAUGGGGUGGACAGAAUCUUGUAUCUUUGUCUCAUUGCAGUCAAGUGGCUCCGGUUAACCUUGAGGAGACUCUUCCCAUUGUUGCAAAUCUGGUUGCCAGCCCUAAUUUGGCGUCAAGGCUGAUACUACAGUACUUUUCCAAGAACUUCAAUUAUUUUGAGCUUACUCUCGAAGAAGUUAUGAUCAAGUUUGUCUUUAAUCAGUUUGAAAGGUAUUCAAUGGAUGCCAAAGAGAACCUAAUCAAGUUUUGUUUGGACAACAUUUACAUUAUGAGCAGUAACGCUCGUCAGACUAUGGCAUCGCUUGCUUUUGUUCGAACUGGUGAUGGUCAACUGAAAGCUCCUAAUGCAGUUUUCAACUCAAGUGAGCGCCAUGUUUUUGAAUUAUAUGGAGAUCAGUGUGUCUUUGCUGUUGGCUCUUUUGCCAUGAACAGCAAAUAUGGUGAAUUGCUGCAUCAAUAUGUUGGUCUUCGAAAACUGAGUGAUAUUAGUGCAAACGAACUGUAUGCUUUGGCUGAACGUAUUGCUGCAAAGAAAAGUAAGUCGAUGGGAAAAACACUACUGGAAGUACUGCAUACAGAGGCUUGGGCUCAACGACUCUUAUCGACACAAACAUACAGACAUGGUUGGAUGACGUGUUCGCAGGCGUUGGCUACUGUAGACUGGAUGCCAGUCAUUGAACACAGUUCUUCUAUUAUGCCAUUUGGUAUGCCGUGGGCUAGUUCUAGUCCAACUUGCUUGCCUGGUGUUGUUGUUGUGCCGUCUGAUGACCUCAGCUCAGAAAGGCUUCAGUUAACAGUUGGAACUCAGUUGGCUAUCCUUGAUUAUGCAUCGGUUAUAUCUCCAAGUAUAGUCAAGUUUCUUUCAUGCGCUUCCUUGAGUACCAUGUAUGAGGCAGUAAUCAAACAACUAAUUGUAGCUCACAAGCUGUGGAAAGCAAAAUCAAUUGAAGAAAGUGGGCGAGAAAAGUUUGACAGAAUGCUUCAAGAAGUCUUCAGUACACUGGGAUGUGCUUUCAGUAGCUCGUUUGCAACAGUUAUUUUAGACGGUCUCAAGUCUGCACCCGCCGACUGGGUGUGGUUGAAUGGAUCACAAGGAUUUAUACGUCCUGAACAAUUGGCUGUUUCCAGCGCCUUUCCCGUUUCACUUGAGCCAUGGCUUUAUGAGAUUGGGCAGUAUCCUCAUUUGAAUGCUUGUAGUCCACUUCUCAAGACAAGUGGAAUGAAAUCAAAGUUUGGAAAAGAAGACAUUCUGUGUGUUUUACCUUCAAUGAAAGCGUUUUAUGAUAGUUCUACUAUCCAAGUGGAGCCCAAGAAGAGGGGACGUGACUUAGAACUGACAAUAGCAAUUCUCAACUGGUUGACUAGAGAUGGAUCAAUCCUUUCUCGGAACCUUCAACAAGACCUGCUUGUUCCCGUGGACAGGGAAGACAAUGUUCUAGAAUUGUGUCCUUGCUCAGAAUUGAUGUAUUGUGAUGCUGAAUGGCUUCGUCGUAGUGAUGACUUAGAAGUUGCAGAUUAUCGCCUUAUUCACAAGCAGGUCUCUUCUGAUACUGCUUACAAAUUAGGUGUGCCAUCUCUUAGCAAUCGUCUGGCCCCAUCUGAGGAGCUACCUUUCGAACAGUUGGGACCCCAUGAGUCGCUGACUCUAAGACUGAAGAAUAUUUUGAAAGAAUACAAAGACGACGCUGGAAUAUUCAAAGAAUUGCUUCAAAAUGCUGAUGACGCUGAAGCAACGAGCGUCAAGUUUCUUGUAGAUUGGAGAGAACACGAUCAAUUUAAAAGUUCAUUGCUUGCUCCAGGAAUGAGGAAAUGUCAUGGACCUGCCUUGUGGGCUUUCAACGACUCUGUGUUCUCAGACGAGGAUUUCGUCAAUAUCUCAAAGUUGGCUGCUGCUACGAAACAAUCAAAACUAGAAAAGAUUGGACGAUUUGGAUUGGGUUUCACAUCUGUCUAUCAUAUAACUGAUGUGCCUAGUUUUGUCAGUCGUCGAUAUGUGGUUAUAUUUGAUCCUCACAAGAGUCAUCUCGGAAAUCACAUCAGAAACCCGUCUCAGCCUGGUAUCAAAAUUGACUUUGUACAAAGACCCAUUGGCCAGCGAUUUCCUGAUCAGUUUCAACCUUAUGUUGAUGUCUUUGGGUGCAACUUGGUAGAACGCUCUGAGUUUAAUGGAACUCUAUUUCGCUUUCCUUUUCGAACUAACGAGCAAGCUGCUGUGAAUGAAAUAAAGAAUGAAGCAUAUGAUGAAGAUCGAGUUAAAGCGUCAUUGCGAGCAUUGCAAGAAGUGUGCGGAAAGCUGCUAAUUUUCCUUCAACAUGUCCAGUCGGUUGAAGUGUUUGAGUUGAAGUCAGACGCAGUCAGUCCUUCAGACAUGAGACAGAUUUUGUCUGUCCAAGCAGGAGCAGAGGCAUCUAGCAGUCUUUUGUCUCAUCAGGAAUUGUUGUCGUCUAUAUGUAGUCAAGUAGAACGAGGACGUUUUGAAAAUACUGCUGGUUGUUCGUCAACUUGUGCAAUCAAAUGGCGUAACUUUCAUACAGACGAGGUGCAUAGUGCAAACUGGUUGGUGUGCUCAGAAGGCGGCAAAGGUGAUGCAUUUCAAUUUUCGAUGAAACACGGUGGUCGUGAACGUGGAUUUGUUCCGUUUGCUGGCGUUGCAAUUGAAUUGCAGGUGGAUUGUAUACCUUGUGCUAUAGAUGGAGAAACGUUCUGUUUUCUCCCUCUUUCAGAAAGAACGGGUUUGUCUGUACACGUCAAUGGCACGUUUGCUGUACUAUCUAACCGUCGGGGUAUCUGGUGGCACGGCACAGAGGAAACACGAGUGGGAGGCAAAACAGAUGUCGAAGCAGCGUGGAACGAGAAGCUGAUCAAUGAUUGUCUGGUUCAGUCUUACAUCUCCAUGUUGAAGCAUUUGUCUGAGUUACUAGAAUGCAGAGAAGAGGCUGAUGUUAAUUCAUCUCGUUAUUACAAUUUGUGGCCCAAUCAAGCGAAUCGCCGUCAUGCUGCCUGGCACACUUUAGCUGAUCAGUUCUAUGAAGAAGUUGUGAAAGGAAGCGAAAGAAUAUUUUGUAGCACAAGCAACAAUGGUUUUAAGUGGAUUUCUUUGCGUGAUUGUGUGAUUUUGUCUAAUUCUGUGUGUGAAGUUUUGCCACACGCACAGCAAAUUAUGAAACAAGUUUGUCCAAGGUACGUAGAGUUGCCAAAUCAUGUGUUGAAAGGUCUUCACAAAGCAAACUAUAGGUCAAUGCAAAGUCUAACUGUUGAUGAAGAGAAUUUUGUUUCACAAUGGUUUGCACCUCACUUACAAGAAUUGGAUUUUCAGAUUAGGGACGAUUUGUUGAAGACUCUGUUGACCCGUGUCUUCAUCACUGAUCAUCUUAUUCCGUGUUUGAGAAGCUUAGCUUUGUUUCCUUGUGGUCCGGAUGGCCAAGUGCUACGUGUUGCAUCAGCUAUGAUUGAUCCCAAGUGUGUGGAAUCCGAGUUAUUUGAGGAAGAUGAACGUAAGUUUCCAGUGAAGGGAUUGUGUGAGAGAGACGAAUUAACUGGUGGUUUAAGGAAAUUAGGAAUGAGAUCUACUGGAUGUUUUACUUGGAAUGACGUCGUAGAGAGAAGUGCAACUGUGGAAGCGUUAGAGAGAGGUAAUCAUGAACGAGCGAAGCGGAGAAUUAGAGCUCUGAUCAAGCUUAUGACUAAAUUGUGUGGGAAUCGGGAGAAGUGUUCAGAUACGCAAUUGACCCAUCUUAGGAAUACACCAUUUCUGUUCGUAGAGGGAUGUCCGAGUGAUUACCCAAUAGCAUGGUACGCGGAUCAACAUCCUAAUCGGAAACUAGUUACUCCUGCAGAAGGUUAUAGUUGGAAGUGCAGAUACAUAGUCGGCUCUCAAGCAUUUAUUAUCGACGAUUUUCUUCAAAUUUCUUCUUCUGCAGCGGGGACUGUGCUAGGUAUCAGGUCUUUACCUCCUUUGUCAAUGUUGGUCAAACAAUUGGAUAUGCUCAUUAACGAUCUACAACAGGCUCGGGAUAAUUCGUCGGUGUUCAUAAAAGCCAUUGACAAAUUGUAUAAAGAGUUGCAGCGCAGACACAAUGGUAACGAAGCAGAGGCGAUUGUGCGUGCACUGGAGGACAAGGCGUGGAUUGUUGUUGGAGGUUACGAAAUGAAGCCGUGUCAGUUGGCUUUUCAGUGGAGUAAGAGCGCGCCACCUUACCUUUCUAAGGUUCCUAGUGAACUUUCACAUAUGAAGAAAUUGCUAGAAGCUACUGGAGUGCGAAGAACGUUUCAAUCCAGAGAUUUUGUUGUUGCACUGCAACAAAUUUAUGGAAAAGUGAGAGGAGAACGGCUGCCGCAGUCACUCGUCAAGUACGUUAAACAGCUUUUUAUUCCUGAGUUUAGUGACAUGAGUGAGUUGGAGACAUUUAGAGGAAGUUUGGAGGUCCCUCUCUUAUCUAAAGACGAGCGUUUAAUUCCAGCUUCUCAGUUGGCAUACAAUGAUGCUCCUUGGAUGGAUCAUGCGCUAACAGAAAUGAACGUGUACGUGCACAACUGUGUGCCUCGCGCCACCGCGGAAGGGCUCGGAGUAAAAUUAGUGAGAGAGAAAGUGCUUGACGGUUACGCUCGAGAUAUACCUGGCAGGCCAUUUGGUCAGAGUGAGCCUCUUACCAAGCGUCUUCAAAACAUUUUAGAGGGUUAUCCAGCUGACGACGGGAUACUGAAAGAACUUCUUCAAAACGCUGACGAUGCCAAGGCGACGGAAAUACAUAUUAUUUUCGAUCAAAGGCAACACAAGACGAAACGUAUAUUUACGGAUGAGUGGAAGACAUUACAAGGUCCUGCCAUCUGUGUGUAUAACAAUCGACCGUUUACGGAUGCAGACAUCGAAGGAAUUCAGAAUCUUGGAAGAGGUAGUAAAGGUGAUGAUCCAUCACUGACUGGACAAUAUGGAAUAGGUUUCAAUGCUGUCUAUCAUUUGACUGAUUGUCCAUCUUUUCUUUCUGACAACAAGACAUUUUGUGUGUUGGAUCCUCAUUGUCGUUAUGCUCUUGGAGCAACUAAAGAGAAACCUGGAAGAUUGUAUGAUACAGAUGAGACAUUUUGGAGUCAGUUUUGUGAUAUUUGGGAUUGCUACAAAUCAUUUGAUGAAAUAACAUUGGAAGGUGGAACUCUGUUUAGGUUGCCGUUACGAACAAAGGAAGUGGCAGAGCUGUCGCUUAUUAGUCAAUGCGUAUUCGACAGUAAACGUGUAGAGACGCUGAUGUACGUGUUUAAGCAAAGUGCACCGAGCAUGUUACUGUUUCUCAAUAACGUUACUUGUAUCAAGAUGACUUCCAUCUCUGCAACUUCUAAAGUCACUAGGUUAUGUGAGGUAAAAGCUAAUCUUUCGUCUGAGGCUGAAGACGAACGUCAGAGAAUGUCAAUGGUGAUAGCAGAGAGUAAAGAUAAGGCAACAGCCGACAUUUCCCACUAUGCGGCGGUUUAUGAACUCAAAAUACACACAUCUGUGAAGGAUCCCCACUUUUUUCCUAAAAGAAACACACCAAUGGAAGGCCGGUGGUUAGUUCAUCAUUCCAUUGGAGUACCACAUCAAGACGACUUCAAGGCUAUCGGAGAAGGCAGUAGGAUGGCAUUGCUGCCUCGUGUAGGAAUAGCCGCUCCGAUAGGACAGAACCUUGCAUUUUCACAGACAAAUUUGUUUUGUUUUUUACCUCUUCCGGUGUGCUGGAAUCUUCCUGUUCAGAUAAACGGUCAUUUUGCUUUGGAUUCAACGAGACGUGAUUUGUGGUCUGAUUCUGGAUGCUCUGUUGGGUCCGCUAAACAGAAAUGGAACAAAGAUCUUAUCAAAUUUGUUUUGGCUCCAGCAUACGCUCAAUUUUUGUUAAAAGCUCGGGACUACGUGGCUUUGAAUGAAGGUCACGUCUACACACAUGCAUGUUUACGCAAAGAUCUGGAAUGGUUCCAUCACUUGCUACCCAUGAAUCUUGAUAAUUGUACUGAAGGUUCCUAUGUGGAUUUGCUACGUAAAGAAUUGUACGUGUACCUUUCCGAACACAAUUGCCCUCUUCUACCUUACACCGGACAGCCUGCAUAUUCUUUUCGUGAAUAUAUGAGGAGAACGCCUGAAGAUGAGAAGAAGAGUUUGAAGGAGAUUUUUCCAACAGAGGCUAGCGAUGAUAAAAUCAUGUUUGUCAAGUGGGUUGAAAUUGGUAAGAAAACGGAAGUUGGUUUGUUGACGGGGUACUUUUCCCGUUGGAUGUUCAAAGCUGAACAUGAUUAUGCACUUGAAUUAAUUUUAUUGCGAUGUGGGUUUCUUCUCGUCCUUUCACCGUAUUUUGUGCGUAGUGCCAUUCUGAAUGCUAAGGAGGACGCAAGUGUUGAGUUUGUGAACUGUGAAGCAGUUCGUCUGUUUUUAAAAAGUCAUGGAACUGCUGGUUCCUGCUGUCUCCUUCAACUUGGAAGUCUAGAAGAAACAAUUUUGAAGAGUUACAGCGCUGCGAAAUUGUUACUUGAUUAUGUGCUGAAACCGACUGAGCCUGAUGCGAUUGAGGAUGCGAAUCGUGGGAAAAGAUAUCUAGAUCUGAGUGGUCUUCCUCUUCUUGUUACUGCUGACGGGAAAUUGCGAGAGUUUUCCACGUCUUCGCCUGUAUUUGUCUCUCGUGACAGUGAUCUGUUACCUAGGUCGCUUGAUCUGUUUGUGCAUGGUCAACUCAUCAGUACGUUACAAAGUUCGCAAGAUCCCGUUUUGAAGAAACUAAGCCCAAGUGAUUUGGCUCAGUAUUUGCCAACUCAAGGCGUGUUUCCUCCUGACUGGUUGGUUAGUGAUCAAUACAAAGAGUGGAAUCAAGCCGUUGGUCCAGAUAAGAAGUGGAUCACGACGUUGUGGUCUUAUUUAAGGAAAGGCACAAAUUUGAGCAACUUUAUUGAGUGUUUGAAAGAUCUACCGAUUAUUUCGGCGGGCAAUGGUAGUCUCUUGGUUCCGUUCUGUUUGUCAAACACUGUAUUUUGGUCACUACAAAGGAAACCGCCUAGACCGUUUGCAGACGUGUGUCAAUCUUUGUUGAAAGUUGGUGCUGUCGAAGUGGACGAUUUUAUUAGAGGGGCAUACAGAUUUGCAUCAGAGCAAUUAGAGAAACUAGUACAACAUUUUGCAGAUAUUGACGAUGUCGACUCUGUUGUGAAAGCUGUCCGAUAUCUGUUUAAUAACCGAUGUCGUGAAGCAACUUCAGUGAUUGAUGCAGAGACAAUCCUCAAGUAUUUUCAGAGCAAUAUCAACUCUAUGGACCCGUUCGGUUUUGGUGAACUAAGAAAGAUGCAUUUGUUUGAGACGUUAGAAGGUAACCUGGUGUCCGUACCAACAUACCGUGAUGCGUGUACUUUGCCAACAGAUUUGAUCUCUGCUGGAAGUGAUAUUUGGAUGGCAAAAGCAUUAUGUACUUUCCUCAAGUACAAGCUUCCACUUAAGGAUCUUUACAGCAAAAUCGGUUUGCACAGAAAGGAAGCAGUUGAUAUCUACGUUGAUUACAUUUUACCUUGCUUUUAUCUAAUGCCUCAAAGCGUUCGUGUAGAACAUCUUUUUUCACUGAUGAAGCUAUCUGUCGAUAAAAAUACGGACCUUAUUAAACCUUUACGCGAUACACCUUGCUUUGACCUUCAAGGUGUACCUAGCAAAGUUGCAGACUUUUAUCAUCCUUCUGUUCAAGUCUUUGCUAUGAUGAUACCGAAAGAGAAGUUUCCUCCUACAUCUCCAAAGUCUAUUCUUUCUGUAGAGGAUGUAUCACAAUGGUUACAAUUUCUUGUCAAAUUAGGACUGAGGACUGUUUGUUCUACUGCAGAAUUCUUACAGUUUGCAGAGUUAUUAGAGAACGAAACGUUAACUUGGAAGUUUACAGGAAAGGAACCGAUCAACUACCAGAAAUGGAGGAUGAAAUCUGAUGUGAUGGUGGCUCAUCUUGCUGACAGUAUGCAGAUGUUUUGGAAAGAUAAAUUCUUGGCAAGUGUCGCCAAGAUUCGGUUUAUUCCGUCGGUUGCAGUUAGCAGCAGGAAGUUGGAAGAACUUGCUUUGCCGUUCUACAAACGUCACAAGGCAUCGAACUACGCAACCAGCUAUAGGGAAGGAGUCAAAUUUACUUUAGACAAUGAAAAACUUUGUUGGACUGCAGAGGCUUUGGUGAACAAACCUCGUUUGGUGUAUCCUGUCAAUAAUCUUGACGUUCUUUGCCGAGGUCUUCGUAUUCAAAUGGCUCCCAGUGUUACAUCGGUGCUCACUCAUUUUAGCUUUCUGAUUGAGACAGUAAGACGAAACAUUCAACCCGAGAAAGAGACGCGAAAGGAAACUGUUUCAUGUAUGGUAGACAUUUUGUCGUCGAUAUUCCGUCAUUUGGCUACGUUUAUUCCCACUUCUGUAACAGAGCUGUCGCCUUUUACUGAUCUGCGUAGUAGUGUAUGUUUUACAAACAAUCUUAAUACUGACGCUCGAAACAUAGUUGAGCUCUUAACUGCAAGUCAAUGUAUCUUCUUGCCUGAUCAACAGAUGUUUGUCAAACCUUAUCAAGUGGUUAUUUCUACUGGUAGCACAUUUCAUCCUUAUCUUUUUCGCUGUCCUCGUUAUUUGUUAGCCUACGAGCAUUUGCUGAAACGAAUUGGAGUGGAUGAAGAAGUACGGGUAUUUCAUUGUGCUAGGAUUUUGGAGGCAAUGCAUGAACGGUAUCAAGACAGUGAGGUCAACUUACCCGGAGAUGUACAGAUGUUGAAGCCUCUUGUAAAACUGUUGUUUACGACCUUAAAGUCUCAAGUGUCUCUUAAGACGAUUUCUCCAGCCGACAUUGAGAAGGCUCUUCGGUCGCUUUUUUUGCCAAGUCGUGAGAUGGUACUAACGUCAUCUGAAAGGCUUGUAUAUUUGGAUCACUUUCAUUUGGAGAAACAUGUUGAUGGUCUUCUUUUGCGGUUCUUGAUAGAUCUGAGACUUUGUGGUCUUUCGUCUCUCUCUAAAGAAACUGUCGAUCUUCUUCCAGAAACUCUAAGACCAUGCAAUCUGUCGCAGUUGACUGAAGAAAUUUUGGAUCCUGAGUGCUGUUUAAGUGUUACAGACGAGUGUGCAGAAGAGGACGUAAGCGCUGUGGCUGCCAAGUAUGAAGCUCAUUUGACUUCUAGCUACUUUGUUCAUGGAGUUUGCAGUAUUUAUAUUUGGUUCAGAAAUGAGCCGACGAUUUCGGAAACGUUGGAACGCGGUCUCGAUUUACUCAAGAAUCAUUUUCAUGUUAAGUGUGUGCCAGAGAUUCGGACUUGCUUACGUACAAUAAUAGACGGCAAGGUAUUAAAGCUGGAGGGUAGCCGGAAGUGCUGCUUUCUUGAACGAUCGCGUUCAGAAGCCACUUUGUAUGUUGAAGCAAAUUCAUUAAUGGAGAAAGGGAGGAUCAAACUGUGUAGCUCAAUCGUUUCUGAGCUGCAGAUAUUACUUCAAACAGAACUCCCUGAAAUGAAGUUGCUCGUUAUUGUAUCUUGCCAACAUUCACAUUUAAUACCAGACUUCCUGAGGGAUGUCGGCAUUCCUUACGAAUAUGAUCUUGAAGAUUUUGAAGAUAGUCCACGCUGUUUUUCGUUUCACCCCGGUAUGGAAGUCAUUCCCGACCAUCUUGCACUUCUCCGUCAAUCACCUCUCGGUUACAGGUUCAACUUAGACGAGUGGGUAGCGUACGAGCUAGACGACGACCGUUUUGUUUAUGCCGUCAUUCUUUAUAGAGCAUGCAGCGACGACGAGAUGGAGUCGGAGCUGCUUACACACUAUGGCAUUGAUAUCGGAAGAGAAGAGCCCGUAGUGGUCAGCGUGCUUUCACUGUAUGCCAUUGUUAUGGACACAAAGUUAAAUGACGAAGUUAGUAUGGUUUUGAGGGACGAUUCUCAACCAAGUAAUGACUCCGCUGCGGAUUCUGAAAUUCCGCAAACGCUGCAAGACAAGAAGGAUUUGGUCCGUCGACAAUUGGAAGAGAUAUGGAAACUUUCCGAGUCUGAUAGAAAAAGGGCAAUUCGACGAAUGUACCUAGAGUGGCAUCCUGACAAGACGGACGAUCCGGAUGCGGAAGAGGUGUUCAAGUUUUUGUUGAACGAAAUCGAACGUCUUGAGAGAGGAGGCGAUAUUUCUUCUGAAGGUGGCUCUCCUUUCUGGGGUGGUUCGUAUCGUGCGUACUACUCAACUUGGAACUCCUACGCCAGGAGACACCGCAGACGUUUUCGGUCGUCUCAUUCACGCAGCCGCAACCAAACAUUUCCAACCUAUCAUCCUAACUCUAGUCAUCGUCAGAGUUUCAACAACUUUGGUUAUAGUGAGACAGAUUUAUGUCCUAACAGACAUGUAGGUGUCAUGUUUGUGGAACAAGCCGAGGCAGAUCUCAGCGUCGCGGAGACAUUGAUUUCUGCGUGGUCCGAUGAUCAACGUAGGUACGCUGCCGUUUGCUUUUUCUGCCACGAAGUGGUGGAGAAAGCCUUGAAAGGACUGCUGUAUAUCCGUCAGGGCAUUCCAGCGGAUCGUCGGCGAAAACACAAUAUUGGCUUCUUUUUGGGAGCCGGCGACUUACCCGGAUGUCCUAGUAGUCUGAAACGGUAUGCUGUAAUGGUUGACGACAAUUACUACGUUGACACGCGCUAUCCAGACUCGAAGAAUUGUGUUCCCGCUAGCGUCUACUCUCGCCAAGACGCGGAUCAUGCUCUAGAGGGAGCCAGAGGAGUAAUGAAAGAUACGAGAACGUGCAUCAGCCGUUGGUAACACGUGAAUGUGAACCUGGUGAAGACCGUAAUAAUUUGGUGUACCAAAUGUGUACUUUCUAUUAAGUUUUAGUAUUUUUAGUGAGUCGUAUGUAUACACAAUGCGUCGGUCAGCUUUGAUUGAUUGUUAGGAGUGUAGACGAGUUAGUGUGAAAUGUGCGUGUAGAUGAUAUCGCGAACUUGACUGUUGCUGGUUGUUGCUCUCGAUGGGAUUUUAGCAUUUUUGCGUACUUGAUAUUCUGUUCGCUCAUUGAUUUCGUAAUGGAUGUUAUAC